AUGAUGUGGUUGACAUCGAAUCGAGUCUGUCUGAAGUCAAAGUUCAAAUUUUCGAGUCUCUUAAGCUGGUCACACGUAUGGGGUCAUUUCUGCUUAAGCUUUGAAGGUCAGAAACUAGUUAACGACAAGGCUUAUAUCAGAAGUUUUGGGAUCAAGGAUGGUGACCAGCUUUGUUUUAUUCGGCAUCUCUCAGUCAACUACACCCCAAUCAAGAAAUCUAAACCUUCCAAAGCCUAUUAUGAACAAGAAACAACUUUCUCAUCAGGAUCGGAUUAUCUUGAAGAGGAGGAACAAAGACAUGAAGAUGAUGAGGAUUAUGCUAGUUGUUAUGGUGAUCAAGAAAGCAUGGAUAAUUACUUCCGUGUUGAAGAUGGCAAGAACAGAAAUAUCGUUUGCCACACAGAAUUCAAAUUAGCUAACUUCCUCAGAGGUUGGUUCUCAUAUUCAAGGUUGUGGUCAAGGGGGAAGCAGAGAUCAUACAGCAAAGCGCACCACUCAAGGUUUACAGGACAUUUCUUAAGAGUUGGGACGAAGACAAGGUAAUAACCCUGUAUGUAGGAGGCCUUUAAUUGGGUGAAGUUCAUCAUCUAUGUUGUUCUUCCAUAAAAGAUGCACAAAUACGGACCUUUCAUGCCAGGUCUAUGGUUUGAAUUGCACAGUGAUCUCGACAUUGCUUUGAAAAGUUUAAUACAUGAUGAUGGGAGAAUCCGAGAACAAAACAAUGAUAAAUUCAGUAUGACUCCAUCUUUAUGGAUGUAUUUUUUAUUUUUUAUUUUUUUAAUUGAACAAAAUUUGCUGCAAUUGCAAUAGAGAAGAAGAGAAUUGUUGUGGCCUGAUGGGCACUCUUUUUGCCUAAGGAAAUGAAGAAUAGAUGAUUUUGCUGUGUUUAAAA